AUGGACUACCACUAGCUCUCCCCCACAAUAUACACUCAGUUUACAGCAGCUGCCUCCCAACAAGUUCACUUGCCACUAUGGCUUCUGCUGCAAAAUUGUUCUCUUUCCUCUUCUUCCUUGCAUCUCUCCUCUUCUCUCAACAAGCUCAAGCUAGAGAAAACCAAUUCUUUAGCAAAGUGGCCAAUGUCAACAACCACAACAACUAUGAGAAGGAGAUCCCCAUAGCAGAAACCCCUUUGAAAAAGCAAGAGCAAGAGCCAGCCUUCAUUCCAGAGACCCAAAGUGGAUAUGGUCUCGAUGGUCUCUAUGGCCAUGGGUCUGGCCAGCUGCCUCCCACCCCCACAAACACCGUUGGACACUACACCACCACAAACACCGGUGCACCCUACACCACCACAACCACCGGUGCACCCUACACCACUACCAAUGGUGCACAAUUCACCACCAACAACAACAACCUGCCAUAUACAGCUGAGUCAGAGAAAGAGCAGCAGCACACCAACAAGUACCCUCAGACCUACAACGCCCAAUUAAUCCCCAGCAAGAACAACUUUAACAACCAUGUCGGCCCGGCCCCCCCAAGUGACACAAGGCUUACACAGAGCAGCUACACAACCCCAACCAAUUACCAAAGCAACAACUACUACGAUGCUGAGAAGCAGGGCACGAGUGACACAAGGUUUUUGAAGAAAGGAAAGGACUACUACAGUGCUGCGAAGGCGCUGAGUUCGUGCCAUAAGCUGAGACUUGUUUUGAUUAGUACCACUUUGCUGUGUUUGAUAUAUUUAUCCUGAGAUCAUAUAUUCAAGUGGGAGUUAAAAACACAAGAAAAAUAGAAUAUUUUAUGAAGGGUUUUUGUAAUGUUUAUUUAAUUAUGUAUCUGUUGUCUCUGGUUUUUCAUAAGUGCUUAAUGUUCAUGCUUUGAAAAAGCUGAAGUUUGUGGAC